AUGAAGAAGAGAAAUUAGAAACUAUCUGAUUUAUGUGUCACAUCAAAAGUACUUUGUGCAAGAUUUGGAACCUACACUAAGAAAUUAAUAGCUGCUGGAGAUGAAAAGAAUUGUGUUCAAAUCUGGUAAAUUGGAAAUCAAAAACCAAUCGCUACAUUAAGUUCAUAAAAUAAUUCUAAUGCUUAAGUUGAAGUUGCUAGUGUGAAUUUUAGCUUUUGCGAAACUGAAUUAUUCUCAGGUUCCAAUAGAGGCAUCAUCAAUAUCUGGGAUGUUGAAAGUCAAAAAUAAAUUUAAACACUUAAAGGACAUACUACUUGUGUUAAUACACUUUGUAUUUAUCCAACUGAAGAAAAUAAGCAUUUACUCUUAAGUGGAGCCUACGACACUUCAAUCAAAUUAUGGGAUUUGAGGACAAAAACUGCCGUCAACCAAUUCAAAGGCCAUAGCAUGUAAAUAAAUGCUUUGGCAGUCUCUCCGAAUUGUAAGUUAUUGGCAUCAGGUUCAAACGAUGGAUAAGUUAAAGUUUGGGAUAUUGCUUAAGCAAAAAUAAUAGCAUCUUUUACUUAACAUGAUAGUCAAAUUACAUGUCUAAGUUUCAAUCCUGUUGAGAAAGCAUUGGCUUCAGGUGGAGGAGACAGAUGUGUAAGAUAUUGGGACUUAGAUAGAUUAAAUUAAAUAUCAUCUACUAGAACUGAUACAACUCCAAUUUAAUGCAUCUUGUUUGAAUAAAAUGGAAAAGCAUUAUAUUCUGCAACAUAUGAUUCACUAAAAGUUUGGGAUGUAGAACAUGAUUGUUAACUUUUGGAUAAUGUAGAGAGCAGUUGGAGAGGAGUCCUUGACUUGAUAGUAGUUCCAGAAAGAGAUUAGUUGUUGGGACUUGCCUCUAAUGUGCAAACUGGAUUUACUCUUCAUGGAGUCAAUCUCAAAAGCAUUUGCUAAGAUCCAAAAAGCAUUGAUGUUAGAUCUAGUGGAGGUGGGGCUCCUAUAAAACGAGGUAGGACGCCUGACAAAAGAUCGGAAAUCUAAACUGCAAAUCCAAAGCCUUCAGACUCGGAGAGUAAAGUUAAAAGUAAGCCCUCUUUGCAGAUGCAAGCAUAGAAUAUAUUGAAUCAAGAUUAUUAAUAUGAUCGUUAAAAGUCGAAUGAAUAAUUGAAGGAGAUUUAGCAAUAAUAAUAACAAUAAUAACAGCCUUAUUAUUAAUAACAAUAAAUGGUUGGAUCACCAUUUCUUAAUAAUAAUGCAUAUCAAUAAUUAUAGCAAUACCCUCAAUAACAAAUACUUUAUUAGUACUAAAUUUAAUAACCUUAGUCAUUUUAGUAAUAAACUCCUUUUCUAUAUCAAUAACAACCUAAUCCAAUUUAUCAACAACAACCCAACCAACUAUAUCAACAACAAUAAUAACAAAAUCAGUUAUAUUUACAAUAAAAUCUAUUGGCUUAAUAACCAUAGUAACAAUUCUAAAACCAUGAUUCAAAUCCAUAUUUUUCAAAUCAAGUACACACUCCCUAGCAUAACCCAUAAAAACCUCUUUCAUAUCUUCAGGUUCCUUAAGUCAUUCUUCCGAAUAUUGAAGAGGAACAUUAGCCUUAAGAUGAAUCUGAGAUUAUGAAUUCAAGUGAUUUAACACUUUCUUAAUUUAUGAUGGGGGAUUAGAACAAAGAAAAAUUUAAACAGGUAGAUCUUAUCCAUGAAAUUGUCAAAGAUCAUAAUAAAGUUCAAUCAGUCCUGACUUAAAGAAUGAACUAUAUGAAACCUAUACUUCAUUGGUGGAGUAAUAACAAUCUUAAAUCUGCUAUGAAUGCUAUCACUCAAGUAACAGAACCAUCCAUAUUGCAAGAUGCGUUGUCUCUCUAUUCCCAAUCAUCCAAAUUUGGAUAAGUCCCUAUCGAUUCUAUCCCCAUGCUAAUGGAAAAAGCCAGAAUUCUGAUUGAGUCAAAGUACACUAACCAUAUAAGGGGAGGACUUGACUUUGCUUGGACAACUCUAAACCAAUUUCGAGAUGAAAUCCUUAAUAUUAAGCUAUUCAACUAAUUAUCAAAGGCAGAUUUAACUAGAGAAGAAAGGAUUUAAAAAUAUGAUAGAGUGAUUGAACAAUUUAAAAUUAUAGUUUAAACACCAAAAUUACAAAAAAUAAUCGAUAGGAACAAAGAAGAUCUCUCAGACUUGGCUAAGAAAUUUUAAAUUGAAGUAGUUGGAUUUCUCAAAAAGGUGAAUCAGAAUUAAAUGCAAAAUUGA